UUUAGCCAACCGAGUAGUCAAUAUCUCUAAAUGGAUACUACACAAAAGAAAUCCAGUUUCAUUUCCUCAUCAGUACUAGUACUCUUUUCCUUAUGCUUCUUCUUAUCAAACUCGGCUUUUGCAAAAGAUUUAAAUCACGGUUCUCCUCUGUCGAAGUUGUUUCUUUUCGGGGAUUCGUACCUUGAUACAGGAAAUGACAAUUUUACGGUUAUAUCAUGGAACAUUCCUUAUGGUAUGACUUUCCCCGGUUUCCCCACUGGUCGUUUUUCCGAUGGUCUUAUCUUAACUGAUUUUCUCGCAUCAUUCAUGGGAAUCAAGUCUCCAAUGCCUUACAGACAAUGGAACGAUUUAAGCAAAACAAGAGUUAGCAAUGGGAUGAACUUCGCCCACGGAGGUACCGGUGUUUUCAACACACGGAUAAGGGAACCAAAUAUGACCACACAAAUCGAUAUUUUUAAACAGUAUAUUGCUGAUGGAGUGUACAGCAGACACGACCUUGACGAGUCCAUGGCUGUUGUCUCUAGCUCUCGUAAUGACUACACACAAUAUUACACAGUUGACCAUGGCACCCACGAGGGAUAUCAAGCGUUUGAUGUGAAAGUCAUAGAUCAGUUGGAGAUGAAUCUAAGAGAAAUUAGAAAUGUAGGAGUGAAGAAAGUAGUAAUGAUGACUAUGCAACCCCUUGGAUGUCUUCCUUACAUGACAAGAACUCUAUCCUACGAAAAGUGCGACAAACCUUUGAUCAAUGACAACAUUUAUCAUAACACGUUGCUGAAAAAAGCCGUUCAGAGGCUCAACAGGGAAACAACUGAUUCUCCAUUUCAUAUUCUCGAUCUCUAUAGCGCUUUCAUGUCUGUGAUGAAUAAACGAGGAGGAGGAGCAAACUUCUCGGGUAUUGAUAAGAUAGCAAGUCCCGAGUCUGGGAACCCAUUGUUGGAGCCAUGUUGUACAUCUACUGUCCGUAAUGCUAUGUGUGGGAGUGUUGAUGCCAACGGGGUAAAACAAUACACGUUAUGCGACAACCCAAAUGACGUUUUAUUUUGGGAUAUAUAUCACCCUACAGAAUCUGGCUGGCAAGCAAUCUCCUCAGCUAUGAAACCUUCUUUUGACGAGUUAAUGCAAUACAACAUCUUCCAGCGACGACGUACCUCUGUUUCUGCCUCUGUAGAUACUUCCUAAAUUUUUCUUUGCUCUUUGUGGAACUGUCCAAUCCGUAUAAUAAGUGUCUAUGGACCAGUGAUUGUGUUAAUUUGUGACAGUUUAGAUUGAUUUUUAUGGUUUGAACAAUUAAAUAUUUGUAUUUUUGAUUUUUAUUUUAAACAAUAAUAACUUUGAUGUGGAUUGCGAGUA